AACCUUCAUAACCCACCAUUGUACGGGAUUUAGAUCUUCCUUGUUUUUUCCUCUCCGGUACUCUCGGAUCCGAGAGAGAAUCGGAGAGGAAAAACAUGAGAGGAUAUAAAUCCCCAUAGCAUGAUAGGGUUAAGCAAUAGCCGCUGCUGUAGAUCUAGAACUAGAAUUCUAUAUGUCAUCACAAAAUCUCAAUGUUUUUAAAUUUUCUUUUUGUUUGUUGAAUUUGCCUCACUACACCUUUAUCUUGUUUUCAAAUAUUUGCCAUGAAAAUCAAAGCUAGUCAUAGAGGCACAAAUCGAUUCUUUAGCGGUUUUCACGUGGUGGUUUUAACCUUUCAAUGUUUAUGCCUCUAAAAAAAUCCGCCACAUUAUUUAUACACUUCUAAGAUUUUUCAUUUUUUUUUGUGAAACCCUAAAUUUUGGCUAUGAUUAUAUAUUAUCCGCGCUUCUGAGUUUUUCUAUGAAGUAUAUCGGAAUAAAUGGUUGAAUUUCUUAAUAUGAGCCAAAUUUUAAUGUUUUUUGUUUAGUUUGUUUUAGCUAGUUUGAUCUUCAGAGCAGCCCAAUUGGAUAUAAUCACCUAAGCCUUGGUUGUUAUUACAAUUUGGUAAUGACUAGUACAAUUCUUAUUAUUAUUUAUCUUUGUGUUUUGUCAUUUGUGUAUUACUUUUGAUUUGAUUGUAAUUGUAUUUUUAUUGCUUAUGUUAAUUUGAUGCAUUAGAAUUGCCUAUGAUUAUAUUAUAUCCGAAUUUUUUGAGGUGUUUUGGAUCUAAGCCCCUGUUUACAGGGAGAACCUACUUGGUGAAGAUACAUUCAUAUGACAUUAAUGGAUUGAAUGAGGCUUUGAUUAUUGAAAGUUUAAUACUAUCUUGUUUUACCAUCAAUACUCUAAAUGCUAAUUAUAAUUUGGAUCAUAUUUCUUUGUUUGAUUGUUGAAAAUAUCUUUAUCUUUGUUUUACUAUAAAUACAUGCUUAACAUUGUGAGGGUUAAUAUAUAUGUACUUCUUUGUUUGUUUUAAGUAAUCUAGUACUAGUUGAGUUUUGGUUAGCUAAAUUGUGUUUUUGUCUACUACCAAUGAUGUUUUUUAACAAUCCAACUUGUUUGAGGUUGUAGUAUACCCAAGAUCCUGUUUAUCAGGGUGAACCUACUUGGUGUUGCUACAUUUCCAAUGACAUAAAGAGAUUAAACUGAGAUUCACUAGUCUUAUUAUUUGUUACUUUUGAAUUUAGCAUUGCCAUAUUUAGCAUUUCCAUUUAGCUUUAUUGAGUUUCAACUAUACUCUUUUCCUUUUUAAUUUGGUUUAGAGUCUGAAAAAACUCAUAGAUUUAGUGUUGUCUAUCAGCUUCAUCUUUUGUUACCACGAGAAUGGAGACAAAUAACAGCACAACAUUUCUUAAUAAGUAGAUUGCAACAUAUAUAAUUUGGAGUAUUUUGAAUAUAGGGGUUGCUGUGAUGAUUAUAAACAAUUCCUCGUACUGAAUGCCAUUGACAUGGCAUGAUAGACAAUUUACACCCAUAGAAUAUGAGCAUCACCCCCUUUCUAUAUAGGAGUUGAUUUUUGUUCUUUGUUUAUGAUUUAUUGGAUUUCAUGACCAUGUACUGGAGUAACAAUGCUGUUUUGUAGAGCAUGAUUUACAUGAAUGUUUUCUCUCUAGCUAACUCCUUAUAUUGAUUGAGUGGUGUUUAAAGCCCCAUCCAAAAUUUAUUGAGAUUGGGGUUACGCACACCUCCAUAUUCUAACAAGUUAGUUUUUCAACAUGUCAAUGAUUAUUACUACAUAUACUGAGUAUCCUUUUGCAUCAUUCUUGUAUUCUGAGUAUCCUAAGACAUAAAUUUUUGUAAUACCUGUAAUUAGAUUGAAACUUUUUUCUUUAUGCCUUGUAGGAAUUAAUAUCUAGCAAUAUGUGGUAUCAUUGGAUUGUUAUUUUGGUUUUUGGGAUGAUUAUUGAUCCUAGUCUUUUGAGUGUAUGUUCAUGCUAUUUGAAUUUCUUUUAAAUGCUGACCUUUGUUUCACUUAUUUUAACCCUAUCCUUACUUGAACUUAACUGCAGUAGCAAAUGUAAGGUGUAGUUUAUUGUGUUCGAACUACUUUCAGAAACUAUAAAUUGUCAUUGAAUUUUUCAACCUUAUAGAGAAGCAGGACAUCUAUUUACUUGGAGAUAAAUUGUACAUUCUAUUUGAAGCCAUGGUACAUAUGUUAACAUGUGUUUAAGGUACAUGGUAUCUAAAAUUAGAAUUAUGCAUUUAAUAAUACAUUGAUUUUAAUGUUUAAAAAGUAUAAUCUACAAGUUUCAAUAAAAUAUUGCUAUAUUUGCAUUUUUAACAUGUGCCCUUAUGACACAUGUUAACAUUUUCUAUAAAUAAAAUUAAGAAAAUGUUAACAUGUGUCCUUAGGGCACAUGUUAUCAAGUCUAAUAUAGAAAUAUUUUUUUUUGUACUUGUAUAAUCUAUCUAUUUAACAUUAACUUUCUUUUAUUAUUUAAAGCUAAAUUUCUCUAUUUGAAGAGUUUGUUAUGUUAACCUAACUCAAAAUACAUCGAGGAAACUUAUGAUCUUAAUUGAGGUGUGCAAUCGAGCAUAUUUUAUAAAAAGAUGACCAAUAAACCAAGUUGCAAAAUUCAAAAACAUGGGAGAAAUUGCAAUUUAUUGUUGGAUUGAAAUGGAUUUUAUAACUUAAAAUGAACGAUGCUUUCUAGUACUUCAUAGUUUCUCAAAGAUAAUGCUCUUCAUAAUAGAGAAGCAGAAACUACGACCUUAGCAACAAAUGUAAGGUGCUGUUUGUGUUGUAUUGUAUCUACUUUCAGAAACUAUGAUCAAUCUUGGUCAAACCGAUUGGUUCGGUUCAGCCACUUGAGACAGAAAAUAGAUAAUAUAUCAGUUGGUCACAUAGUUUAGUUAAUUAAUUAAUCAUGGCAUUAUGCAUCAAAAAAGUCAAUCUUGGCAGCAUCUUUUUCUUUGCUUGAUCCCAACUCCAAGUAAUAUAUAUAUAUAGACACAUUCUUCCAUGCUACUUCCUUUCACUCUAGUUUAUUUUAUUAUUUCAGUUUCCAUGACUUAUAAAUAGCCUAAAACUCGAUAGACACCAUCAAACACUUGCAUCAAUCUAAAUUGACUCAAAACAGAAACAAGUGUUCUAAUGGAGGAAAAAAUUAUUUCUUCCAAACCAUGUGCCAAAGAAGAUAGCAUUGAUUUAACCCAAAUAACACUCAGACCCUUUCAUCUUUCGGACCUUGACGAUAUCAUGGUGUGGUCAACCGAUGAAAAAGUGGCCAAUUUCUGCUCUUGGGAACCUUACACUAGCAAAGAUGAUGCAAUCAAAUUCAUUGAAAGUAUAGAAACCAAGUUUCUACGUUGCAAAGCAAUAUGCCAUAAUGAUCGUGCUAUUGGGUGCAUGCUUAUGUUUGCAAGUUCACUUGAUGAUAAAAGUAGAAACAAAUCUGCAGAAAUUGGUUAUAAUCUAGGCUCUAAAUAUUGGGGUAAAGGGAUUGCAACGUGUGCUGUGAAACAAAUUGUUAUGGCUGCAUUCAGUGAAAUGUCACACUUGGAAAGGCUUGAAGCUCUUGUUGAUGUGGAAAAUGUUGGGUCUCAAAGAGUGCUGGAGAAAGCUGGUUUUCAAAAGGAGGGAGUUCUCAGGAAGUAUUUGUUCAUGAAAGGAAAAAACAGAGAUAUGAUCAUGUUCAGUAUUCUUUCAACUGAUCUUCAGCUAUGAUUAAUUUGUUUAGAAAAUAUGAGCAAAUUUUCACCAAAGGGCACACAUAUUGAUACAUGAAAUGGUGUCUUGACAUAGAGUCAUUUAGAGGAGGGAGAGAUCUUGGCCUUCUCGUCUUGAUACAUGAAAUGGUGGAAAUACCAUACUUAUUAUAUUAAAAAGUUCAAUAUUUUAUUUUGUCAAGUAGUUUAUUGACUAAAAAUUCCACUCGUGAAUAAGUGGAGUGUCCGGAGUUUGAACUCUGACCCCUGCAUAUAUAUUGUGAUGUCCCUAUUAACUGAGUUAAUCAUAUUGUUCUGAUAAAAAUGAAAUCUAUUUUAAUGCCAUAUCGGUUGU